UCAGCUGCGCGCGGUUUUCUGCAAACCCGGAAGCGGAUCGCGGGGACUGAAGGCUGCGCGGCAGAGCGUGAGUUUCGCUCUCUCCAGAUUAAAUCUGCGCUUCGCAGUCCCCCUUCUUCCAUCCGCCGGGUCUGGAGAGGAUCCCUACAGAUCUUAAAAUGCCCGCACCGCGCCCUCCACCCCAGAUUAACCUUUAAAGACACAUGUGGCCUCAGGAAGAAGUCCAGAAGAGAAGAAAGAGGAAAGAAAGAGGAGACAGGGAUGGCUCUUCCUCAGGGAAGGUUGACAUUCAGGGAUGUGGCCAUCGAAUUCUCUCAGGAGGAGUGGAAAUGCCUGGACCCUGCUCAGAGGGCUUUGUACAGGGACGUGAUGUUGGAGAACUACAGGAACCUGGUCUCCCUGGGUGAGGAUAAUGCCCCUCCAGAAGCUGGGAUCUGCUUCGCUGUAUCUCUGGGUGUUACCUUGUGUGCCUCUUGGGAGCCCCUGCAUUGCUCAAUUAAGAUUGAAGCUAUGUUAAUUCUCAGAUGAAAAGCUUAAUAGUGCAGCAUCUGGACUUGUUUAAUUAUCCCGUUUUCAAAUGAUCUACCCGCUUCAAGAUAUGUCAUUGGUGGUUCCAGAGCUUAAGCAGAAAUAAAUCCUAUGGUAGACUUUAAAAAUAUCUACUUUGGGCUGGGCGCAGUGGCUCACGCCUGUAAUCCCAGCACUUUGGGAGGCCAA